UUUUUGUGCAUUUGGAUUAAUUCCAUUUAUAUUUCGAAUUUGUCGGAGUUUGGUCCAAAUCGAAAGUCGCGCAGUCUUUCUUUCUUCAUAGUUUACUGCUGAGACCAUAGCCUGCAGCUCUUCGAAUUAACAAAUUCAAAAUUUGAGUUUAAAAAAAUCAAAAUGAAUCUCAGGUUGGCAGUUUUCAUUGGAGUCUUAGUGUUAACGUGUAAUUUGUGCGAAGCUAGAAGAGGUCGAACAAGAGGAAGGACCAAAUCGAGAGUGCAAAUUGGAUUACCUAUUACUGGAAAGUACAGAGAUCCUGAAUCGGAUCAAUACUACAACAACAAUAAUGGAGCUAAGAUUUUGCAAGCGUCUCAUUUUGAUUAUGAAUAUGUUUUGGGACACAAAAUUGCUUUCCUCUGUGUGGCAAAGGGGAAUCCAAGGCCUCAUAUAACCUGGUACAAGGAUGGAACGGAGAUAUUUCAACAUCUCUACAUGCAUGUACAUGAAUGGAGAAUCGGAGAGGACAGAGUCAAAUCUAAAAUUGAAAUAGACCCUGCCACACAAAUGGAUGCAGGAGUGUACGAAUGCACAGCAGAUAAUAUGUAUUCGAUAGACAGAAGAAGUUUCAAAACUGAUUUCUCUAUUGCUUUUGAUUAGUGAUUUUUUUUUGCAUUUGGAACAAAUAACAGUUUUUAAUAAAGUCGUGCCAUAGGUAUCCGCUCUUGUU